AGCUUAACUUAUCGAAUUCUUCGGGGGUGUAUGGCAUUCCGAUUGCUUCGCUCGGAGUGGCUUUCCUUGGAGUAGACAGAAAGUUGGCUUCUUGAUGAUUAUGUCUGGAAGAAAUCGUGGACCGCCUAUCCCACUAAAUGGGGUGCAUCAUGGUGCACUACCAUCAGUUCGAGAGCCUCCUUUUGCCAGAGGCCUUGGGCCAAUGCCACAUCCAGCGCUUCUUGAGGAAAUCAGAGAAACACAGUAUGGGAUGCAUCCAGGACCCCUUCCUCCACACCCUGUAAUAAUUGAGGAGCGUCUUGCUGCCCAACAUCAAGAUAUUCAAGGUCUUCUUCUCGAUAACCAGAGGCUAGCUGCGACCCAUGUUGCGCUUAAGCAGGAACUAGAAGCAGCCCAGCAUGAGUUGCAACGUAUGGCUCAUGUUGCUGAUUCCUUACAUGCAGAAAGGGACAUUCAGAUGAGAGAGUUGUAUGAAAAAUCGGUUAGACUAGAGGUUGAUCUGCGAGGAGUUGAGACUAUGCGGGCAGAGCUUCUUCAAGUUCAUUCUGAUGUAAAGGAACUAACUACUGCAAGGCAGGAGCUCAAUGGUCAAGCACAAGCAAUGACACAAGAUCUAACCAGAAUUACUGCAGAUUUGCAGCAAGCCCCAGCAUUGAGGGCAGAAAUUGAAACUGUGAAGCAGGAAUUACAUCGUGCUAGAGUUGCAAUAGAGUAUGAAAAGAAGGGAUAUGCGGAGAAUUAUGAACACGGUCAGGUUAUGGAGAAGAAACUGGUUUCAAUGGCUAGGGAGUUGGAGAAACUUAGAGCUGAGGUUGCUAAUGCAGAGAAGAGAGCUCAUGCUUCUGCUGCUGCAAUUGGAAAUGCUGCUGCUGGCUAUGGUGCAAGUUAUGGAAAUGCUGAUGCUGGAUAUGCAGGAAAUCCAUAUUCUACAAAUUAUGGCUUGAACAACGUACAGUCUGGUACAGAUGGUUAUCCUCCGUAUGGACCUGGAUCUGUUUCCUGGGGUGCGUAUGACAUGCAACGGGCUCAAGGACAUAGAUAGACUAGUUUGCUAUGUCCUGCUAAGAUGUUUCUUGCAGAGGGCUUGAGGUUCAAAUCACAAAGCAUUGAUAAUUAGGUCUGAAUCUGAAAUGUUGUUUUGUGAUAAACAUUUUAUUACAUUUGCUUAUAAACAGUUUUCAAGCUGGACUUGAACUAGCAAUUAAUUUGGCCUGACGAUGCAAUAUGCUACUUUUAGUUUCAAAUGAUUUAUUUUCUCUGCAUAUGCCUUGUGCACAUUUCAAAUGAUUUAUUUUCUCUGCAUAUGCCUUGUGCACAUUUCAAAUGUGAUAUUUGUUUCUUAUGUUCAAUUUGAUUUUUGCUUUUGAUACAUUGAAGAUUAGAUGUAUACUUUUUUUGAAUUGUGAAUCUACAUUGCAGUCUUUUUUUUUUUUGGUUUGUAAGCGCUGAUUUGCUUAUGUGUUUUACUUAACAGCUUCAAUGAUUAAGUUGUAAGAAUUAGAUAGGUUAGGUCGAGUUGUUUGCUCACCUUGCGGCAUUUAGUCUCUUUUAUCUCUUUAUAGGGAUCCUUGUAUGAUAUCCAUUUUCUGCCAUUGGAAGUGGAUCGCGGAUUUCCUUUUUGUGGGGCUUUAUUAUGUCCAUUAUAUAGUAGACAAAGUUAAGAAAAACUUAUGAAGAAAAGGAUCUCAAACUGUGUGUGGCCAAGACCUUCGGCCAACUAGAAGAGAGUUUAGAAAUAUGAACAUAGAGAGAGGUGUUAAUAUGUACUACGCCAAACCUCCUUGAAAAACUCAAAAAAGAGGCAAAAUGACAUCCUCUGUAAAAACUCAAACUCUUGUCCGUAGUUAAGCCAAAAGUCCUUCACAGUCAACACCUCACUUCGGGAGUACAAGGGGCAAGCCACAAAAGGUGGUUCAACUCUUUUGAAGUGUCCUUGCACAAAUACAGCCGGUGGUGCCAAAUACAAAGGUGGAGGUUCUCUAGAGGAAGUCUAAUGUGGUGGGAACUCUAUCAAGGGUGAUAAGCCAAGAAAGGAUCCAAGUUGUCUUCAACAUCCAAAAUUUAGAGAACAAAGAUGGUUGGAAGAAGAAGAAUAUACCAAGUAAAUUUACAUAGACUUACUAGUGAAAAUACCAGAAAUAUUGUCUAGACUACAAUCACUAUUAUUAAGUACAAGAUUAAGUCUUUAAAUGAAGGAACAAAGGGAAGUUGACUUGACGACAUCAAUUGAAUAGGAUCUACACAAAUAAAUAUUGCAGGCAUGGUAAGCCACUCAGUUGAUUUACCCUCUUCAUUAGUUCUUAAUACUAAUCUGAAGGAUCAUUAGCUUAAUGCUUUUGAAGUAAGUUUUAUGUAACACAUAGUUGAUUUUGUCCAUUAGUAUCUUCUUUUUCCGAACAUUAAAUACAAGCAAUGAAACAGGACCAUGUAAAACUAGGUGGACUACAGAUUUAUCAUGGAGAUGUCAUAUGUUUUUGGCCAAUCUGCAGAAAUUCAUGGACUUAGGACCAUUUUAGAUAAUCACUUUUUAUAUGUCAAAUCUCAAAACUAAAGUUCUGCUUGUCUUUCUUUAUUCUUUCCCAUCCUAUUUUGUUGAAUUUUGUCAAGUGACCAAAAUAUUGUAACUUAAGGUGUUGUUGCUAGCUUACUAAAUGUAGAUCUUACUAAAUGUAGAUCAAGUGAUUCACUAACGUAUUCAUUUGUCGUUGGGGACCUAGCUGUCUAGGAGUUCUGGGUUCUAGUAUGUUUAGUUGUACUGGAGUCACAUGGUUAUACUUUAAUCUUUAGUUUAUGGUGCAUGAAAUCGAGGAUCGAAACAUAGAUUCUAAAAGAGGCGGAGAGUAUAGAAAUGAUGUAGGCUUGCCAUAUAUAAAUGUAUUUAUACUUUUAAAUGACUGUAGUUUGUGUAAAACUCCUUGUACUCUCACCUUGGCAACCAUGUAUUUUUCUGGUUACAUGGUAUGGGUUCCAGCCACUGCUAAUCCAUAAAGAGGUAUAGUAUGCCUUGAGCUGACUCGAAUAGACACUAAGAGUGUAAUCUUUGUCUCAAGAAGCUUGUGCUUAGGUCCUUUCAGAGAAGGAUAUUCUUAUCUCAGAUAUUGGUAACAGUUACCUGCCGGUCUCCGGCCACAAUUUUCAACAGGCAUGUACCUUAGUGCACCUUGUGCUUUGAUCUGUCUUGUGGGCCUCUGUGAAGACCACAGUUUUAUAAUACUUUGGCUUCUUUUUCUUAAUUUUUCUGCACUUUAGUAACUUAGCUUUUUCCUGGUAUGCUCGUUUUAAAAUUUUGAACCCCUGCGAAUCAUUACAUGUUUAUGGUUUAUUUUCCUUUCCUUUUUUCUUUUGUUUCUAUAUCAACUUUGUAUGUAGGAGAUUUUAUUGUCUGCAAUUUUCAUAUGCAAAGAUCUUUUUUUGCUUUUUUAAAUAUUUAAAUUAGGUGCUUUCUUCAUUCUAGUUCUUUUUCUGUGCAUGCUUUUAAGAUAUUUUUCACGUUAAUGCUUCUUAGACUACAUUGGUCCUUUGGUUUUCAAGUGUUCAAUUGAUGGCUGCUUGUUCAUAUUUUAUCACACACCAUGCAUGUAAUUUAAUGUGAUGUGUCAUUCUAUUCUCAACAUCUUCACGUUGUAGUUUUGUAUAGGUAGUUAAUUUGUAGUCAUAUAUAUACAUAUAAUAUAUAUAUAUCUUUUUGUUUCUGUUGGAAAUCGUAAUAUCAUUAUUUCAACUUACUUUAUUUUGUGCUAAGAAGGCAUGGAGUUGCAACAGUACCUGAAUAUGCUAUUUUAUUCUUCCUUUUCUUAGACAAGAUUGUUCUUUAGUUUGUGAAAAUCACAAUAUGAUUUUUCUUUAAUGGAAGGUCUUAAGAAUGUUUCCUUAAAUCCUAUUUUUGUUUUUCCUGCAUUCUUCGUCAUUCCCCUCAAAAUAGGCUGGAUUUCCUUUUCUACCAUUAAACAUUCUUUUUGUCUUAGUGAGUUCCUGCCUCUCACAAAAAGUAAAGAACACGAGUGAACACAUCACUGUGGGAGUGCGUUGAAAUUUGCAUGUAAUACACACUAUUCACCCAUUGUAAUUUAUGAAGUUAGGGCAAUUGUAAUCUCUGCAACCGGUGGCACUCAAGUAAACCAGCAGCCACAUUGUUCCCAUCUCAUUAUGUAAUUUCUCCAUUAUGAUCUACUGAUUAGAAAUAAUUUGAUUACAUUUAUUUAUUUCCUACUUCGGUUAGUAAAAGGUCAGCAACAAUUAGAUUUACAUGUAAGUGGUGGCGUAUAAUCUGCUUCAGUUCAAUUUUGGAUCCUCUUUCAGAUUUCAAAAGUUUUUUUCUCUAACUGAUAUUGCAUCCUAUUCUUCCUAUAAUAUAGUCUUUCCCCCUGAAGUCUCUGGCUUUCAAAUCUACAUUCCAUCCUCAUCCUUUCUUUUUAAGAUGUCUCAGAGGGUUGAAGUUCCAAUAGAGAUGGAAAUAGCCCUUGGAUUUAGUGGAGUGGUGAUUGGUUUCCAACUUUUGGAAUAGUUUCCUAUGGUUUUUAAGUAUCUCACAAGUUCCUAGAUUAUAAAAUAUUGUUGUGUUAUAAGUGAUCUAAUUUUUUACUCUGUCAGUUGUCAAAGGCUGGGUUAUUUGAGUGUUCACAUUUCAAACAGAAGGAGAGAGUGGGUGGGGAUGAUUUCAAAGAGGCCAUACAUGACCUUUUCUUUUUUAACUUUGCCUAAUGUAUUUGUUAUAAUUGACACCAUUUCACUCACUUUGAACUUCUAUUGUGUUUAAUAUAUAUUCAUGAACAUGUGGAUGUUGUUGGUAAUUUACUCAAUCCAUUUAGAGAGUGUCUUGGGAUUCAAAAGCUAUAAAUUGGCUUCAAAUAUAUGAACUGUCUUCUAAAUUGGACAUGGUAGUGAUAGGUAAUAGGCAACCUGAAUUUGAGACUCUCCUUUCCUUUCUCUAAUAUGUGUAUUCCACUCAUUUUGAUCUUCAAUUGUCUGUGUCCUUCCUAUCCUUGCCAGUUAGAUUUCUAGGCCUUAAAAUUCAGACUUUAAAUAAGUUAGACUUCUAUGCCUUAGAAUCCAGACAUUAAACUCAAGAAUGAGUUAUAUUUCUGUGCCUUGGAAUCCUUACUUUAAAUCUAAAAAUUGAUGAUUUGGAAUCUUAGAUUUAAAGUAAGGAGUCUAAGUCAGUUUAUACCCUAUAUCAUUGAACUUAAAAUUCACAGGAUUUUUAUUGGAUGCCUUGAUAAUAAUUUCCUUUCUUUCUAUUUGGGUGGCCUGUCAUUUAGGAGCAUGUAAUUUCUUUGAGUCCGAUGUCAACACUUUCCAUUAUUUAUUUUUGGUCUAUUCUGUUUUUGUAUGGUUUUGUUAUAUGGGUACUCUUAAUUUUUUUGUUUCUUCCAUGGAUGAUGUGGGUGAGAAAAUAUUUAUUUUCUGGUCUGUAUCCUCCUCCAAGUAUAAAGUGCGGAUUUGUGUUAUAGCUCAAGUAGUGUACUGCAGUCAUAUCAUUUUGCAGUGGGCUAAUUAAGUGAAGUGAAUAGGAACAAUAGGUUUAAUUAUGGGGAUCUAAAGCUUCUCUGGUGGUACAAAAAGUGUCGUCCUCACAUGGUUUUAGGACCAAAAAAAAAAAAAAAAAAAAAAAAAAUGUAAGAAACUCUUUAUGUUUCUCAUCUGCCCUAGAGAAUUACAGCAAAGAAUUGAGAGAAGCUAAUUUAUUGCGUGAAAUGGCUGGUCAUUGCCAAGACAGUUCAACAAUGGAGCCACAUGAUGACUUUCAGUCAAGUUUGUAGGUCCUCGGUGAUCUGCUUCAUUUAUGGCUAUGAGCUAGUUUCAGAUUGUACUAAGGUCGGCGGAAGCUGAAUGCGAAGCUCUUCGAUCUGAAAUCGCUGCACAGCUCGCAGCUUGAACAAUUAACAAUUAACAAUUUAUUCCAUCAUAGGAAGCAAAGUUUGGCGUAAGUUUUACAAGUACCAGUAAUGUUUUAAUGCCCUGUAUGUUCUUAACAGCUGCUGCUCUCAUUUACAUGGACAUGAAAGGAGAUGGCUUUUGGAACAUGCGUUGGCCCUGUUGUUGCUGUUUGACAGAAUUCCCUUCAUUUGUGAAAAUGGUAGGCUUCUGAAGUUGCCUGAAUUCAACACCAAAUUCUAGUUUUUAGUUUCUAAUGUAUUUUUAUGAAAUUUAGGUAUAAAGUUAAUUAGUUCUUACUGUUAGUAUAUCACAAAAUUUGUUAUUUAUAUCUUAUACAUCAUCUUCUUCCA